AUGGCGAUUGUUACUGAGAUAACCAAUGCCAGCCCAACUACCGUUCUCAUGGGCUUGGCUGCAGCUCUCAUAUGCACAUAUAUUAUCUACUGGCGUUAUCUCCAUCCUCUCUCCAUGUAUCCAGGGCCCUUCCUGGCGUCCUUGACAGACCUCUGGCAAGUUAAUCAAUUUCUGACUUUGCAACAACCAUACCAUCUGACAGAGCUUCAUGACAAAUAUGGUCCCGUGGUUCGCUAUGGGCCGGACAAAAUCAGUAUCACUGAGGAGAGCGCUAUCCAGGCCAUUUACCAGAAAGGCUCGAGACUGAUGCCGAAGACCGAGUUUUAUGACGCAUAUGGCGCGGCGGAGCCAAAUGUAUUCGGCAUGCGCAAUGAAGCGAUACACUCUAUAAGAAGGCGUCAUAUGUCCCAUAGCUUCUCCUUGAGCUACGUCAAGGAAAUGGAACCCUACCUUGACUUGAACAUCCAAAUUCUGAAAGAAAAGAUCAGACGUCAUUGCCACCAAGGGGAUGUGUUCGAUCUCAAGAAGGCUCUGCAUCAUUACGUAGUUGAUACCUUGGGUGAGCUGGCGUUCAGCCAGUCCUUUGGCGUCCAGGAAGCCGAUAACGAAUCCCUGGUUCCCGGUGCAAAAGACCCUGAUACAGGUGCGAGACUCACGCAAACUGAUCUCGAGACUGAGGCUUUUGGGUUCAUAAUUGCCGGGACGCACACGACUAGCGCCACUACGUCGUUAUUGUUCUAUCAUCUUCUCCAUAAUCCGGCAUUCUUAGAAGAAUUGGUUAAGGAAAUUGACGGCAAUCUUCCUCGACUAGACGAAGGAACAGCGGCGUACUCCAUUGCUGACGCUGAGACCUCAUUACCAUUUCUCCGAAAUUGCAUGCGUGAGAACUUUCGCAUCACACCAGUCUUCACAAUGCCUCUAGCACGGCACGUAAUAGCUCCAGAGGGAGUACUGAUUGCCGGACAUCAUUUACCACAAGGGACUUCAGUUGCUGUCUGCAACCAUGCGUUCCACCAUAACCCAAGCGUAUGGGGCGAGGACCACAAUCAAUUUGACCCCCACCGGUGGGACAAAGACGACGUCGCCGCUAAAGCGCGGUACCUGAUGCAUUUCGGCUUGGGCGGACGCCAAUGCAUUGGGAAGACCGUUGCGACAGCCAACAUCUACAAGUUGAUGAGCACGUUACUGGCAGAGUUCAAGUUUGAGCUAGCCAAUGAGCAAGAGCGUGCGGAUGCCCGUAAUGGACUAUAUAGCGGGAAGAUUCCGGAAUUAAUUAGUGUGGGCAUAAGUGACCUCAAGGAGCCUUUGCUUGUAAGAGCUUCUCUGAGAGCAGCGAAGUAG